AUGACUUUUUAUAAGAUGAGGAUGAUUUACAAUGCAGCAACAAACCUCUUGUUUAUCUUUCAAUUUUUAGCUACGCAGUUCUGGAGGUCCAAGGUGCUUGAGGUGGCCAAGGACUUCCCAGAGUACACAUUUGCCAUUGGUGAUGAGGAGGACUACUCAGACGAGCUGAAGAGCCUGGGCCUGAGCGAGAGCGGAGAGGAAGUGAAUGUGGGAAUCCUGGCAGAGGGAGGCAAAAAGUUUGCCAUGGAGCCGGAGGAGUUUGACUCCGAGGUGCUGAGAGACUUCGUUAUGGCUUUCAAGAAAGGAAAGCUUAAACCCAUCAUCAAAUCCCAGCCAGUGCCAAAGAACAACAAAGGACCAGUUAAGGUUGUGGUAGGAAAGACCUUUGACGAGAUCGUCAUGGAUACCCAGAAGGAUGUCCUGAUAGAGUUUUAUGCUCCCUGGUGCGGCCACUGUAAGAAACUGGAGCCCGAUUAUUUGGCUCUGGGCAAGAAGUACAAGGGAGAAAAGAACCUGGUGAUCGCUAAGAUGGACGCCACAGCCAACGAUGUGCCAAACGAAAACUACAAAGCGGAGGGCUUCCCCACGAUAUACUUUGCCCCAAGCAACAGCAAGCAGAGCCCCAUCAAAUUUGAAGGUGGAGACAGAACAGUAGAUGCCUUCAGCAAGUUCUUGGAAACGCACGCCACAAAGCUAUCACAGAAGAGAGACGAACUCUGAAAAUAUGUCUCGAUAAAUAUCUAAGAACUCUACCCGUGCUCGGGCAGUGUCAGAGGACGCUGAAGAGGCCUCUGGGAAGGUGAAGGGAACGCAGUGGAAUUAAACGGUGUUACUGAGUUGCUGUGAUGAUUACAAUGUCCAAUCAUCUUUUUUUUAGUUUCUGUUCAUUCCAAGAGAUUGAGCUUUCUUCUGUUUUCUAAAAGCAUGUAAGCACUGUUGAUGAUUUCAGUCUUUUUAAAUAAAACUAAAAAUGAUGGUGGCUUUGUGGGCCAGGA